AUGGAUACAAAGAAGCCAAGAAUGAAGAAAGAACAGCAACAAUAUUUAUUAAACUUCUUGAUGAGGAAUCCGGAAACGGUUAACGGAAAUUGUCAGUUGCCGGCUACCAAAAGAUUGUGGACUGAACUGACAGAAGCCCUCAAUGGAAUGGGAGGUGUUCGUAAGACACAGAAAGAUUGGUUAGAGACAUACAAGUUAUUAGCACGCAGGGCGAAGGCUAAGAUGCGCACACAGCGUGCAUCUAUGCAAAGGACUGGAGGUGGUCCUCCAGCAGAUAUCUGCUUGACAGAACUGGAGAAAAAAACAAUAAAUAUAGAGGGGACAUCAACUAUAUAUGGAUUGCCUGGAGCUGUGGAAGCUAGACUGGAGGACGGCGUGGUGCGCAACACUCCGCGCCUCGAGCGCCGCAACGCGCGUCGAGCAACGCCCCGUACGCUCGUGCCGCCAGCCGAUUCAGCCACCCCGCAAGAAGAUGCCAUGAUAGCGGCUUUAAGGGAGGGAGCCCAAGCGCAGAUGGCGCUCGCCAAUGCGCAGACAGAGGCCGCUCGGUAUCUUGGCGAUUGCAUAAUGCGUGCAGCUACCAUGUUCGUCGAAGCGAUCAAUAAAAAUAAAUAA